CCCAUCCAUACCACGUUUCGUUUCUCUCUCAUAGAUAGUUCACUCACUGCUCACUCUCUCACACAAAUGGCGGCUCACUCUCUCACAUACAUGGCGGAAUCAGGUGAUGGUCAGAACGCCGGCGGCUCCGGUAUAUUUCCCCCCUCGACUUUACACAUUCAAGAAUCCAAGGUGCACACUGCCAUGUCUUUCUACGCAUCAGUCUUUGAUGCCAUUGACCUUGGUCAAACUCAUGAUCCAAGGGGAGUGCUCGCAAGAAAAUUCACCUUGCUGAAUGGAGCCAAAUCCAUUUACAUAGUUGCAGUGGAAGAGGACGCUGAUUCUUCAUGCAUCACUUAUGGAACUACUGCUGCUGGAAGCCAAGUGCAUUUGGCUGGGAAUCCUCACGGGAUGAUGGUUGCUGCCACCGAUGGUAUCCGUGGCAUUGCUGAAAAGGCCGAACAAAAUGGUGGAAAGGUAAAGUUUGGGAAAGUUCUCAAGAGCGCCGAGGAAAAGGUGUACACUGUGUUGACCGAUCCAAUCGGUUUCCUUUGGUGUAUCAACCCUCAGUGAUACUAUUGGAUUGGUUAACAUUGUCUCUGUUAAGGUGAGGGAAUCAACAAAGAAAGAAAGCUUCAUGACAGUCACGACUCGAGUGUAGCAUAUACACUGCAAGGCUCAACGAAGCCAUCAACAUUUAGUCAAACUCUGACCUGCUGGAUGAAGGCAUGAUGAUCCUAAUGCCAUGCAUUGAAAAAAAUGAUUGCCCAUGAUACUUCCGGAAAUUGCGUUAACACAACAGCGUAGGGGAUUCAGCUCAAAUUGCGUUAACACAACAGGUAAGGGGAUUCAGCUCCUCCUUUUUUUGUCUUUUCCUUUCUCUUUUGUUAAUUGCUACUAUCUCCCAUUUUUUUUAGAUGCAUUGAAUAACUUAUAUUUGCCUAAACCAAAAAAAAAAACAACUUAUAUUUCGUCUAUAAUAUAGAUUCAAUAUAUCACUUUUUUUUUUUUGUCAAGAAUGUUUAAGUUAUUUAAUAAGUCUAAAAAGUGAAUUGUUAUUUAUAAAAAGAAUCGGAGGGAGGAUUUGUUUUUUCUUCUUUUGUUGGUCAAAACUUUGUUUGGCCAAAUAUAUCUAGAGGUUUUUACUCUUUAAGUUUUGCGUUUGUAACCGAUAAAUCUUGAAGUUUUUUAGGUGACAAGUCCAUUAAUUUUCUAAUUUAUUGCAUUGUUGCCCUUCAAGUUAUUCUGUUACAAAAACGCUAAAGUAACUUAGUGAAGUGGUAGUGAACGUCGCGUUUUGGCUUCCAAAUAACAAGGCGCAAUGUUCAAUACUAUCUCACUAAGUUAACAGUUAUGUCAGCGUUUUUAUAACGAAGGUUAAAGAGUAACGGUACAAUAAAUUAGAAACUUAAAAGGACCUACUAUUUGUUACCUAAAACUCUAAAGCACCUAUCUAUUACAAACACAAAACUUAAAGAAUACCUCGAUAUAUUUUGCCUUAUUUUUUUUCUAUUGAAAUGUCAAAUAUCAAGCUCCAUGGUAUCGGAUAUUGGCAAAAGCUUUAUGGUAUUUUCUGUGAAUGAAACAACCAACAAUUUUUCUGAUGAAAACACAGAUUUAUUUCUUUUCCAUUAUUAUUAUUAUUAUUAUUAUUAUUAUUAUUAGUAUUAUUAUUAUUAUUAUUAUUAUUAUCAUUUCCCCUAUGCAUUUUGGGUCAUUUUCUGAUACUCUUUUUUGUUUUAUCUGGUCUCCAUUUCGAUUCUCAUUUGGAUCUGAACUCAUUUGGUGAUUCAUGUCUGAGGUAAUAUUUUUUCCUUAAACCACUAUAGAUCUCUUUGUAGAAAAUACGGUGGUUUUAAUUUAUUUCUAAUGAAUAUCAAGUAUAAGUAACAAUAGUUUUUUUUUUUAUAAAACAAUGGUUUGCGUAGUUUUAAAAUAAAUAAAUUUGAUAAACAA